GCAGCUUUUUACCAAGUCUCUCGUCUUUCAAAGCUGUUUUUAUAUAGACCCUCCUGGUGGUAAUAAUUCAAAACAAUUCCACUCACUAGCAUUUUCACUCUCUACUAGAGAUGGGUUCUGGUUCUGGGAAUAAUAAUUUUGUCCAAGUUGUUGCUAAAAACUUCGAUGUUCUUGCUCUACCUUUAGUCACUCUUGUUUAUCCCCUGUAUGCAUCUAUUAAGGCCAUAGAAACCAAGUCCCGUGCGGAUGAUCAACAAUGGCUUACAUAUUGGGUGCUAUAUUCUCUUAUUACUCUCUUCGAGAUUACGUUUGCCAAAGUCAUUGAACUGUUGCCUAUUUGGGCUUAUGCUAAGCUGAUUUUCAUAUGCUGGUUGGUGCUACCACAAUUCAAUGGGGCAGCAUAUGUUUACAAACGCUUCAUUAGACCAUUCUAUAUGAACCCACAAAUUACCACUGCUCAUCAAAUCUGGUAUAUCCCAAGGAAGAAGAAUAUCUUUAGCAAGCAGGAUGACAUUUUAACUGCUGCUGAGAAAUAUAUUGAAGAGCAUGGGACCGAAGCAUUUGAGAGGCUCAUAACCAAGGCUGAUAGAGAAACAAGAGCCAGGAGGAGCAACAAUUACACGAUCUUUGAUGAUGAUUAUAUGUAUUAACAAUUUAAAUUGCAUAUUUUCCUUAUCUAUGCUUGGUUCUGAUGUUGUCCCUGAUUUCCUAGCCAGGAGGAGCAACAGUUACGCGAUCUUUGAUGAUGAUUAUGUGUAUUAACAAUUUAAAUUGCAUAUUUUCCUUAUCUAUGCUUGGUUAUGAUGUUUUCCUGA